GUUUAGUGCAAUUUGGUUUGUUGGCCAUUUAGUUACUCGGUGGUAAUUAAACCAAAGAACUAAAUAGAAAUGGCUCAUCAGUUUUUAAGUUUUUGUUUAUUUGUGGUACUUGUAGCGGGUUCCGCUUUGGCUAGAGAUCAUGAUCAUCCAUCUGUACGUGCAGCCAAACCUCACCCUCUGAAAUAUGAAGCCGAGCGUAAAACCGAAUUCUGGAUUAAUAAAGCCCAAGAUACGCUGGCACAAAAGUUGGAGCAGACUGAAACGGCAUCUACCAAGAAAGCCAAAAAUAUCAUUAUGUUUUUAGGUGACGGUAUGUCGGUGCACACUGUAACAGCCACUAGAAAUCUUAUGGGUGAUAGUUCGCAACAAGUAUAUUUUGAAAAAUUCCCCUAUUUGGGUCUAUCGAAAACCUAUUGUGUUGAUCGUCAAGUGGCUGAUUCGGCCUGUACGGCUACCGCAUAUUUGGGUGGUGUCAAAGGUAACUACGGUACUAUUGGAGUGAAUGCCAACGUUAAGCGUUACCACUGUACGGAUGGUCAGAAUCCGGCCAAUUGGGUAGACAGUAUUGCUAAAUGGGCUCAAGAUGCCGGCAAAGAUGCUGGUUUGGUUACAACGGCACGAGUAACACAUGCUUCUCCAGCUGGUGUAUAUGCCCAUACUGCUCAACGGGGUUGGGAGAAUGAUGCUGAUAUUAUGUCCGCCAAUUGCAGUCCCAAGGAUAAUGUGGAUAUUGCCCGCCAACUGGUUGAAUGGGAUGUCGGUCGUAAACUUAAGGUUAUAAUGGGUGGCGGUCGCCGCAAUUUCAUUGAUGCCAGCGUCAGAGAUGAAGAAGGUAUACGCGGUGAACGUGCCGAUGGUCGUAAUUUGAUUAACGAAUGGUUGGAAGAUAAACGUAACCAAAAUGUAAAUGCUAGUUAUGCAUGGUCCCGCAAGGGUCUCAACAUGCUGGAUCUAGAUAACACAGAGUAUUUGUUGGGUCUAUUCUCAUCCUCUCACUGCCCCUACCAUGGUGACUUGGCACGUGGACAUAUAGCGUUGGCAAAUCCUUCGUUGAGUGAAAUGACCGAGGCAGCUUUGAAAGUUUUGAAGAAAAACGACAAGGGAUUCUUUUUGUUUGUUGAGGGUGCCCGUAUUGAUAUGGCUCAUCAUGAUACCAGAGCCCGUAAAUCUCUGGAAGAUACUGAGGAGUUUGCAAAGUCGGUGCGUGUGGCACGUGAAAUGUUCUCUGAAGAUGAUACAUUGAUUGUUGUGACCUCAGAUCAUUCGCAUACAAUGACAAUUAAUGGUUAUCCGUUCCGUGAUCAAGACAUUACUGGCUUAGCUAAUGGUCCAGCAGAAGAUAACUUACCCUAUACCAUCCUAUCAUAUGCUAACGGUCCUGGCUACUACUCUACCUACGGACCUAACGGACGUAAGCUAAUAACCACCAAAGAUACUCAAAAUGCUAAAUUUGAGUAUAUGGCUACAGUGCCAUUGGAUUCGGAGACUCAUGGCGGUGAUGAUGUUGGUGUAUUUGCAUCCGGUCCAUAUGCCCAAUAUUUCAGUGGCAAUUAUGAACAGACAAAUAUACCAUCCAUGAUGGCUAAAGCAGCAAAUAUUGGUCCAUUUGCAAAUUAAAUGAAAUAUCUAAAUAUAUAGCUUUUCUUAAUAAAAUAAUAAAUGUCCAUAAUGAUUUUGGGGCCGUCAAAACUAAAA